AUGACUUGCGUUGAUCCAUCGACGGUUUCUUCCACCUACAAUCGUAGUGCCUUCAGUCUCCUUCUUCUUGAAAAUCUUUCGAUUUCGUUUCAUCGGUUUAGGCGCGAAAUUUUGCUCCAAGCUGGGAAAUUAACUAUAAAGCCACUAGUUGCCGCAAACUACCUAUGUGACGAUGACUGGACUUGUGCACAAUGCGGCGAAACCUACUGUGAGACGCUCGACGAUGUUGCACCUUCCAGUACCUGCUGGUUCUGUCGCCGCUCACAUCUCUGCGGCACUUUCGUCGCUGUUCUCAGCACUGCCAUUAUGGUCAAAAUUAGUUUAUCAGCAAGCAGACCCGAGGAUAAAACCGUUGGAAUCAAGUUUUAUGGAGUGAAACUUAUUGCGCUUGAGUCAACCUUGAACCAAUUCGAACGCGCGAUCACUUCUGAUCUUCCUACGCAGGAUUUUCAUUUUGAUCGCCCACGUCCAACCUCGCCCCAACUCACUUCGUCUAAACUUUCUAUAAAUGUGGAUUUUCUUCCGUCCGCUUCAAGUAUUGCGACUUCUGGUUCUGACUCAUCGAUCUCUGUAAGCUUACUCAGACAGCCUCUCGACAGAAGUCUUUCAGUGACAUUGCGACGCCUUCGUGGUUCGUUAGAGCACAGUUCGCCAAAAACGCUCGACAACGUCAGCCUCAGCAUUGACCACCUUAAACUCACCAGCGGAUGCAUACCUGGGCCACGGUAUGCUUCUCGAGAGUUUUUGCUCACGGGCCUCGACUUGGCCGGCACCUUUUCGGCGGAAAAUUGUGAAUGCGUUCUCUCCAUCCGAGGCGCCUUCUUCGGCCUCGCUCACGAUGUGCUCGAGGAGGAGUUCUUCGCCAGCCUCCUUCUCACUGCACAUUCCAUCGCCCUGUCGCAUCACUUAAUAUCAAAUCUCCAGGUGCCAAACUCACGUGCCUCGUUUGGCAGUUGGAUUGAUGCCAAGUCCGUCCACGUCCUGAUCCGUCUCGAACAAACUACAGAGUGUGAUUUUGUCAUGUGUCUAGCCCACCUGCCGGCUCCAGCGGCUGCCGCGGCUGUUGUCCAAUCGUUUGGCCCCUCAAAGUUGGACUUAACUUUACCCGGAGUCGCAACUGGGUCGUUUAGCUUUGUGCUCGAGACCGCGUCCGUCCGCCUCGAGGCCCAUCGACCUCGUUUAGACGAGCCGUCAGCCGUCAGCUGUGUCGAUGACGAGACGUCAAUACCGAUUUCCGACGUCUUCGUCCACUCGGAUUCAACGUUGAAAACCUCUCUCAUAUACGUCGAUCAGCUAUCAGCAUGGUGUCACACAAACGUGAUUGGUUUUCGCAUUUCGGGCGUUGAGGUGGAGGUGGUAUCUGCGUUAGUGGUAAAUUUCUUCAAACACCUUCCGGAGGACGCGUUCGCCAGUGGCGGGGGGCACGCGAGGACACCAAAGUGGUUACCUGAAUUCUCCACCCCCAACGCCGCCGCAUUCUUCCAUCGAUUCACUCUAGAUGGCCACUUUGAGAGCAUGGUUGUGGGACUCCAAGCCUCCUGUGGACCUCGGAUUGUGUAUUCACUGGCGACUGCUCACUCCUCAGCCUCCCCUCUGCCUCGCUGUUCUCCCUCCCGUUCCUCGUCGCUUUCAGCUCGGAGUGCAUCCAGAUCACAUCAGCCUCUCUUUCUCGAAUUCUCCUUCUCCAGAAGUGAGUUCAUCUACCACCAGACCUCCGCCACCGCGCAUUCUCUCCUUACACUCCCCAGCUUUCAAGUUUGCUGCAACGUCGGGCACAAGGAGAUGGAAGUCUUCUUCGGUGACGCCGUCGACCUGGCGUUCAAUCCGGGUGUGCAUCUUUGUGUCUGCGAGUUCCUCCUUCUCCUCAGAGUCCUCCGACUUCGACACUCCAAGCAGGAGGCAGUUGGUUUGGAGGUAGCUACCUUCUUCCCUCCCUCCCUCCCCCGUCCGAGCGCGUGGAAUGUGGAGGUCCACAACACCGCGCACACCCGACUGACCUACGCAUCCGGAAGGCACGUUGUAACUGCCCUCUUCAGCUCGGUGGAUGCGCUACUCGGCAACAGUCCGAUUCGUGGUCUUGCCUUGCGCCUGACGUCGUCGAAGUUGGUCGUCCAGUGCGACAAUCGGGAUAUUGCUGUUCUUCAGGUAGGCUUCUGCGGACACCUUCACUUUCAGACCGCCCUUGCUUCGGAUUGGUCACGCGACACCCCAAGAGGUCAACUUCAGCUCAAAGAGCGGUUUCAGGCUGCUUCCCGGCCACUCGUAGCCCUAAGUCUUCAGCCUGAUUCGUUCCUGGCUGCCCAGGUAUUCCGGUUCAAUAAACUCAUGAUGGCUGCUCAACCAAUCACUGCUGUGCCUGAGGGUCGAGCAGUCUUUGAGAAACCUAAUCUCGUUCUUCGCCGCCUUCCACCCUCGUCCGCUCACCGAAAGGUCGCCUUCCAGCUCACCACUCCCGAAAACACCUGCUUGGAGUUCCACACCGAGGGCGUGCGUAUCACCUUCCCCUACAACUACAAAUUCAGUGAAUGCUUCGACGAGUUCGUGAAUGUGCGACGCAUGCACAAGCUGGCCGCGAGUCCGAAAUCUGCCUUCUUCGCUGACAUCAAGCAGCUUCUAGCUACCUCCUCGAGUGGCGAAGGUCCGUCCUCCCGCAUUCCUUGCGAUUACGUAAUCCGCGUCAAGAAAUUCACUUUGGAAAUCAAAGACGAUCCCUUCGAGUGCAAGCUCAGUGAUGACUUCAUGGUCCUAAUGGACGAGAGCGUUGAGCAGCAGAAGCGCGUGGCAGCCCUUACCUCCCAGCUGGAACGAAGUCGUCACCAAAACCGCGGUGUUGUCUCCGAGGUGGAGUUGCAGUCGUGCCUGAAACAGUUGGAAUUCCAGCGAGCGGCCGAGUACAUCGCGCGAAUCCGACGCUUCUACUCGGGCUACACAAUGGCCGACGACCUGUUCACCUGGUCCAUGGACUCCGCCAGUCUCCACGUGUUGGCCGACGAGGCCUACAAUUCGUCGGCGAAGGUCAUCGCCGAGAUUCAGCGCAUAGACGACGUCAGCCCCUGGAACGACCUCCAGGCCAGUGAUUUCACUCAACUCUGCUGCCGUCGCAUCCACCUGAGCGUGGCGCGCUUUUGCUGGCAACUGCGUGACUACUCCAAGCCCCUAAUCGACGCUGCCGAUCUCACGGUAACCGGACCCUUCGCGGUUGCUAUUCGCAAAUCUGUCGACCGUCAAGGUCAACGGGACCGCGAAGUGACGCCCGGUGUGCCAUGGGAUCCGCCAGUAGUCACGAUAACUCGUCACGUCUCUCCUGUCAAGUUCUUCUACGAACUAGUCGCGAACAUGAAGGAGCUGUUUAUUUGCUACGGAUCGAAUUGGGAGCCGGCUUGGACGUGGUUAAACCUCAGAUUGGACGGCGUCCGACGCGUCUCCAUGGACCCCUCGUUGCCACCGCUUGGCUGGUGGGAUCGAGUGCGGCUCAAUUACCACGGACGUCUGGCAUUCACCUGUGACUUCAUGUCCUGGCUCUACCCAACCAGUCUGGAUCCCUACAACAACACCGAAUUCCUCACCUUCCAGUGGACUCGCUCCAUGUUCGACUGGACUCCAGGCCGCGUUUUUGUAAAUGGAGACCUGGAUUUGUUCUUUCAAACGGCCUCCAAGUACGACGGGAUCUGCCACGUGCUGGAAAUCCAGGGUCUCAACUUUGAAGCCACUCUGGAUUGGCUGUCUUUCGGGAACCAAUUUGAUCAUCACGCGGUUGUGACCGUGAAUGGCAAACGACUUAGCGCCAACGAACUAGCAACCCACGAUUCCUUCAAGGCCUUCCGCGGUAAUCGCCUCCUCCUGCGCCUCGCCUUCACUCUGACCGACCAACAGGUCCUGCCACCAAGGUGCUUCAUCUAUACCAACCUCCUCAAACUAUUUGAUCGCCUCAAAAUGUGCCUCUCCCGCAUCGCCCGGCCUAUUCGCCGCGGUCCCGUCUUUCGUUGCAUUCGACCCAGGAAACCGCUUUUCGGGCACCUUCUACAGUGUUUGGAGCUCUCUGUUCAGCUGCCUCGCCUCGAAGUGACCUACUGGGUCUCCUACGCGAUGCGAUUGGGUGUUCACGCGCGCAUGGGCGCCGUCACUUUGCGCAGCCUCUUCCGAGUCCACGUCGAGGGUGAACGCGAGACCAUGACUGUGGACCAGAAGACUGUCUACGUGUUGCCUACAGCCAACCAGCAUCGCCGUAUUUCACCUCAGUGGAGUCUUCAGGUCGUCGAUGCCCGCGUCCUCAAUUGUCGCGCUUGGCUGCUCCACCAACCCGAUCGCACCGCACUCCACCUCAUUUCUGCCGGUGAUGGCAAUGCGCCGAACUGGCACUGCCAAGACGCCAAUGGCUUGCCCACUGCCUUUCCGCCCAACUCAGAACUACUCACCUUCUCGUCUGUGCGGUUUGAGCGCGACAUCAAAAGUCGGACUGAACUGCCCGUCCAGGAAGUUCGUGUGCGCAUCCCUGGCCUGGAGGAACGCGUCGUCGUGGAUGAACACACCUCUUCUAAUUCACCGGACCACGCAACUCCCGGCAAACGUCGACCUUCCAGAGUUCAAUUUUCCCACGAAGACUUGGAGCCGGUCCACCGCGUUCUAGUGGAGAACCCGAAGAUGCGCUGGAACGAGACCAAUCGCAACCUCGUCUACGCCAUGAUGAACAUAUACAACCACGCCCAAGCCCUGAAGAAGAAUCUCUCCGCCCAGGCGCUGAAGGGCAUCUCCCUUAGCCCCGACCACACGGCCAUCGAUUCGGGCAAUAAAGAGUCUUCCUACCAACCCGUAACCAACUCGAUUAGUGAAAAUGAAGAAUCGAUGUCCCUAGGGAAUGACGGCAUCGUGGAGUCGCAGACGCCUUCUGGGAACGCGGCUGCCUCGAAAUCGGCAGACCUGAAAGCUGUGCAGUCGGUGGAAGACGAGAACUCACUGUCUCCCUCCUCCUCCGUGUCGCGCGGCGACGUCUUGACGGCCAACACAGCCGCCGCCGCCGCCUGCGGCUGGAAGAACGUCCCUAUGUUGGCUCGCCUUAUUGAAGAGGCCGAAACGGCAAAGUUCUACGCCUAUUGCGAGGAGGAGCCGAAGCAACCGGAUGUCCUGGACCAGCUCCAGGGCCUCUCACUCUGCACCUCCUGUCCGGUGCUCUCUCGUCAGUGGCACAUCGAAUUAAUAAACACCCAGGUCAUGCUGAAGCCCAGCGAGUGCGCCGGCUACGUGAUAGUGUCGGCGGCGAAGGCGCGUCUCGACUCAGUGGAACAUCCGCCGGUUUGGCGCGAUGCUCGCCUCCUCGCCAAGUCGAGUCUCGUUGGACAGAUGGAAUGCAUGCAGUACUACGCCACUGUUGGCGGUCUGGAUGCCUCAACGCCCGACCAAUGGCUGUCGACAGCGGACGUGCGUGAUUGGCAGCAGCUGGGCACGGAUUUCGGCCAGGACGCGCUGUCCGGUCGGCCGGAGGUGGUGGGAUCGGGCCACGCCGUCGGGGGUGUCGUGAGUGCUGCUCCCACCAACUUGACUGCGUCCACGCAGAACAUCCAACUCCAGCGCAUGGUGUCGCGCUGUGCCUGCCAGUUCGUCUACGUCACCUACACCCCCGUCGAACCGGACUGUCUGCCGUCUCCCCGAGUCGUCCCGCCAUUGCCUCCCGAAGAUGGCGAUUCAAAGAUCCUUCAGAACCAGGAAGGCGCCGACACCUUCACCCUCCUUCACCGCACCCUCAAUCUUUGCACGAAUUCGCUGCAAUACAGCAUGGUCUUCGACAUUGUCAACAACCUCCUGCUCUACGUUGAACCCAAGCAAAAGGAGCGUUUCGAACGAAACCGCGUCGGACUGAGCCUUCUAGACGAGCGCGAGUUGAGGAAGUCGAUCCUCACAGACCAGGAGACCCUUCGUGCGAUGGUCAACAUGCAGAGGGCCUACGAACGCGAUCUGUGGGCGCUGCUGAGGGAGUUUGACCAGCUCCUGCGAAACACACAGCCCACUCUCAAGCUAUGCGAGUUCUUCGAUGGUCCGACUCGUCAUCUGCCGACUGCGCUGUCCGCUCAAACUGAGCAAAUUCUGGCUUUUGAAGAGAGGAUCGGUCAGUUGAAGGCGAGUAUUGUGGCGAAGAACUCGCUGCUUUCCCAGAGCAUCGCGCAUUUUCAGCGGGUCCACGUCCAAUCCCAGCGUCUUCAAGGCCAAAUCGCCGCCAGCGUCGUCAGAGAAGCCGUCGGAAGUCGUCAGAGGGAAACUGCCAUCGUCGGGACCUGCAACAGCAACGCUGACACCCAGCCGUCACCCCAGCCGACGACGGGCCUGCUGGACGAGGAGGAGAUUGUGCGUCGCGACGAGGUCUGUUUCGAACACGCCCGCUGGCGCAUGACCGAGCUGGACGGCCAGAUCGGCCUGGCGGACGUCGAGUUGCGCGGCUUCCUCUACUCGCGCACCCACCGGCGCGACGUCUCCGGCUCGCACAGGUUCCAGCUCGGCUCCAUGCGCGUGCAAAGUCUCGCGCCAAACUCGUACUUCAAAGAGGUAUUGCUGCCGGAUACCAGCAGUUACCACUACACCGGCGGACCGAUGAUUCGAGUGGCCUGCACCCAGCGACCCCCAGUCGGCGGAAUUUCCGUGAAAGAGGUCAUGGAAAUCAGCGUCACGCCUCUUGUCUUGCAGGUCAGCAAGCAGUUCUACAACAAGCUGAUGCCCUUCUUCUUUCCCGAACGCGGCAACGAGGAAGCACACCAUCACGGACAGAGCGUCGAUGCUUGUGGCGGUGACACUGCUGACUCAGAGACCUACCCACCUCCCUCAGGUCUCCUUCGGAUUGGCUCCAGUCGGCUCGCGUCCGACGUCGCUGCCUCGCCUUCCAUGCCUCCCGACGACAACGCCUCGGCCGAUGGCACUGUGAGGUCUAAGCGCGAGAGAGGCGGCAAGCUGAUGGCGCGCUUCGAUCCAAAAUCGUGGAGCGGACGACUUCGUCCACACUCCGUUCGCAUUCGCGCCAACGACACCACCACCGCCCACGCCGCUUCGCCUUCCGCCAUUAGAAGGCGUCUCGGGGGAGCCAACAGGCCCGUCCACCAUCACCACCCGCAUUACGGGGUCGUCGGAGAAGCUGGGGUUGUUGCCGAAGAUGCGAUUGGCGACGCCAAUCUGACCGUGGAACAGACCCUCUCUGUACCGAACCAAAGUGACGUUCCGUCGGUGUUCACAACUGUUGCUUCCAGUGAACGCUCAGCGCCAAGUCAAAUGCACACAACAACCACUGUGGUCCUCGACUCUACCGGGACCUCCACCGUUGAGCCAGCGGUUUCAACUCUGCCUAUCGAUGUAAUGAGGGGCGACAAGCAGAAGAACCUCGCCGACGUGACUGGCUUCGAGUUGAACAUUCCCAUGCUGGAGUACCACAACCGUCUGUGGACGUGGUUGGACUUUUUGAUGGAGGUCAAAGUGCGUGUUCGCAAGCAGCUCAUCAAGGAGGUGAUCAAGCAGAAACUGCGUCCGCGGCGGGCCUUGUCCUGGCACAACUCGCACUCGGCGCUGAGCGACCGCGUCCCACCGAACACCACCGCCACCACCACACCCGCCACCGCCGCCUCGCCCAGCCACCACGUUAACCGCCACCCCACCUCCACCAACUCCAACUGUCAAGUCGCGGUGGUGGUGGACGAGAGCCGGAAACGCGAACAGGAGGUGCUGGAGCUCAUCCUCGGUCGUCAUGCUGCCGAGAAUCCCGUAGGCUUCGCGUUCUUUGCCACUUCAGCACUACUUAUUUUCCUCUUCAGCGUCUCCAGUUAG